AUGGAUACCUUCCUGGACACGGAACCCGUACUGGGAGAGUUCACAGAGGAGGAUCUCGAGCAGGAGCAGGAUACCUACCAGAAGCCGCAGACGGACGCGGACCGCACGGAUGGCGAAGGGUACGAGACAAACACGGCGCCGUCGCAGUCGCGCAGCUCGUCGAUACGCAUGGUACAGAGUCAGAGUCAGCUGCAGCAGGGACAAGGGCAGGACUGA